UUGUGUUUAUACAUUCAACUAUUGGUUGUUAUACGUUGUUACUAAUACGUUCUCUUUCAGCACGGAUUUUGACAUACAAUUUACAUUUAUCAGUACCUUAAUAUUGUACCUACUCUAAACUCGACCUAACUUUUAGGUACUUGGGGAUGUCCAGAUGGAAGAUGGUGAUGACGUGGAAGGAAUGGAGGUGGUGGACGACAUGGAAAGAGUGGAGGUGGUGGACGACAUAGAAGGAGUGGAGCUCCAGAUAGAGGAGGUAGUUGAGGAAAUGGAACUCGUGGAGGUCCAGAUAGAGGAGGUGGUUGAGGACAUGGAAUACGUGGAGGUCCAGAUAGAGGAGGUGGUUGAGGACAUAGAAUUCGUGGAGGUCCAGAGAGAUGAUGUGGAUGGAGAGGAGGUCCGGAUGGAGGAAGUGGAAGUGGUCCACGGUCAGGUGGAGGGGAUUGAGGACGUGGAAGUAGUAGAAGUGUUUGACUUCCAGGUGGAGGACAAUGAGGAAGUGGUGGAGGACGACUACCAGGUAGAAGAGAAUGAGGACGUGGAAGUGGUCGGUCAACCCAGAGUGCGUGCGCCAAUGAUUUACCGGCAGGCGGGCGUGACACACCCGCUUCCAGAGCGGCACAACGCGGGCGCGUUGGACAGAGUCUGCACAAAGUGUAACGCCCGCCACUUCAGUGAAGAGCAAACGGCCCGGGGUCACUUCUUCACGUGUUGUAACAACGGCCAAGUGACCGCUGCAGGACAACGCGCAUUGUUGCCCGUCCCUUAUUUAAUACAGAGUUUGUUUAUAGAUGAUUCGCAGGAUGGCCGUAGAUUCCGGGCGGACGUUCGGCGGUACAACAACGUUCUGGCAUUCGCUGCGUUUACCUGCGAUGCAAACGACAGACGUUUGCCAGGGCGGGGACCGCCGGUGUGGAUUGUGCACGGUCAGACCUAUCGGAGGACCAACAAUGAGGUGGCCGUUGCCCCGGGAAAUGCCAACAACUGUCAGUUGUAUUUCCUAGAGUCCGGAGAGGCCAACCACCGGCGCCUGGAUAUUGCACGACAGACAAAUCACGAACUGUCCGAAAUCGUGAUGGGAUUAUUGGACGGUUUGCUGCGGGACAUCAACCCGUACGCUAUGGCUUUUAUGAACAUGCGUCAGGUGUGGCUGGCAGAAAGAGCCCUAGCUGAUCCCGCAGCUGGGCCACCUAGACCAGUCCGGAUGCAUUUCGUCGAAGAUGCGGCCCGGGAUAUGGGCCGGAACAACCUGCCUACCGCAAAUGAAGUUGCGGCCGUGUUCGUAGGUGAAGGUGGUCUUCCUCCCAGACACAUCAAUCUGGUCAUCUACGACACCAAUCCAAUCGACCAGCAACGGAGGACGCAAUUCAUACCAGCGGGUUAGUUAAUAAAUAUUUAACACUUACAAUAUUUACUAUACACUAGGAAUGAAUUACUUCCUUUUCGCCUGUUGUACACCUCACACACACACACACACACAUAAUAUUAGAACAGAUGUCACAAUUACGAGUCUAACUGCUACCAACGAAGAGUUAAAUUACACCCCAUAAUAUAGAAUCAUAGCUUUACAACAUUAUA